AUGCGAAUCCAUAGUCCGUCCAUUCUCGUCAAUUUAAGGCGGGAGCUCGUCUUCGACCGCUUCGCUUGUAUGCGGAAGCCCCUGCUCGACCGCCUUGAAACGGAUUGGGAACCUCUGCUCGCCCAAUGUGCUUGUAUGCGGGAGCCCCUGUUCGACCGCCUCCUUGAGAAUCGGGAACCCCUGUUCGACCGAUGUAUGUGUGUACGGGAACCGCUGUUCGACCGCCUCGUUGUGAAUCGGGAACCCCUGUUCGACCGAUGUCUGUGUGUACGGGAACCGCUGUUCCACCGCCGCGUUGUGAAUCGGGAGCCCCUGUUAGACCGAUAUCUGCGUGUGCGGGAACCGCUGUUCCACCGCCGCGUUGUGAAUCGGGAGUCCCUGUUAGACCGAUGUCUGCGUGUGCGGGAAUCGCUGUUCGACCGUCUCGUUGAGAAUUGGGAACCCCUGUUCGACCGAUGUCUGCGUGUACGGGAACCGCCGUUCCACCGCCGCGUUGUGAAUCGGGAGCCCCUGUCAGACCGAUGUCUGCGUGUGCGGGAACCGCUGUUCGACCGCCUCGUUCUGUGGCUCCAUCGGUGCAACGGAGCAUACCGGGUAGGACCUGUUGACAAGAUAGACAUCCAAGGGAUCUAA